AAGAAAAUCAUUAUUCAUAAGCCUAUGGGAUGUCGCACUAUCAGCAGCAACAUCCAAAAUACAACCCAAAAUUAUGGAAUCCAUAGAUUUAGCAAGGAAAGCGGAGCACCACAUGAGAAUGAAACACUCCUGUAAUGAGAAAAUUAAGGGGAUAUGAGGAAGAGAUAGUGUACCCUGAUUCCUAAUUUUAACAAACUUCUUAGAUGUUCAUAUAAUAAAAUAGUCUGAUUUUACACAAUUACCGCAUUGUGGUUUACCAAGAGUAAAUAUAACAGAGAGACGGAGGGUAGAAAACUCUCUUUUCUCGUCUCUCUUCAAUAUGAAUUGAUUUUUUCUUUUUUGUUUCCCCUCGUUUCAUAAUUAUUUCCAUCAUUUAUACUACAAUUAAAAAAAAAAAAAAAAUACGAGGGGAAAGAAACGAUAGGGGGAGGGAGGAGCAAUGGGAAGUAAAGUAGUGGUAUCAUUAAUAUCCAUCAUUUUGGUGGUUGGGGUUGUCAUUGGAGUGGUAGUAGUCGUUCAUCGCCCAGGGGGUAAAGGUGGUAAAGAUAAUGGUAAGGAUGAUGAGAACUUGUCUUCCUCAAUGAAGACGGUGAAUGCCCUAUGUGAACCAUCUACAUUUAAAGAUUCAUGCAUUAAGAGCUUAGGAUCAGUAGCACAGAACGAGAGCGCCACUCCUCAAGACUAUGUUAAAGCUGGUAUCAAAAUGGCUUUGGAGGAGAUAUCAAAGGCCAACAAUUUAACUGAUACCCUUGUCCCCAAAGCUAAUGCAACAAAAAAUGUGGAGAGAGCUAAUAUGGCUAUUGAAAGUUGUAAAGACCUAUUCAAUUUAGCGGUUGAUCGCCUGGAUGAUGCCAUUAAACAAGUUCAGGAUCCUAAAAUGUAUAAAGAGAAGGAUAUAGUUUGGAACGUCCGUCUAUGGCUCACUGAUGUCGCCACCUUUGCCACUAGUUGUGUAGAUGAAUUUGAUGAGGCUGAGGCUCCUGAGCUUCAAAACACAAUGCAGGAUGCUGUUCUCAAUGCCACUGAGCUCACUGUAAGCAUGCUCGACAUCAUUACCACUUUUAAUGCAGCUCUUGGUGACUUGGCUCUUUCUCUUAAUGGUAGCAAGUUGGUUGAGCUGUCAACUAUAGCUAAUGCUACAUCGAACAUUGGCAACCCAGUUACUAGUACUCGUCGUCUCCUUGGAAUAGCCAUUGAUAGAGAGGGCUACCCAACAUGGUUGUCUGCUGAUGAGCGAAGGCUCUUAGGUGGCAAAGGUGGAAAGAAGAAGAUGCAUAAGACAAAGGGGGUUGGUAAAGGCAAGAAGAAGGGAAAGAAGGGAAAGGGUAAGAAGGGUUUAGCUGCAGGAGGUGCUGCAGCAGGUACUGCGGGAGGUGUUGCAGCAGGUACUACAGCAGCUGCUGCAAUUGUACCUGGUAUGAAGCCUAAUGUUGUGGUUGCUCAGGAUGGUAGCGGCCAGUUCAAGACCAUCACAGAUGCUCUCAGGGCCCAUCCAGGGAAGAAUGUGCAAGGUCGGUAUGUUAUAUAUGUUAAGGCUGGUAUCUAUAGGGAGGAUGUCAUUGUAGGGAGGGAACACCCUAAUGUUUACAUGUAUGGAGACGGCCCUACAAGAACAGUGGUGACGGGGGAUAAGAGUUUUUCUAAGGGCGUUCAAACCUCUAAGACAGCUCCCUUUAAUGUGGAAGGUUUAGGGUUCUUUGCUAAGGACAUGGGCUUUCAAAACACUGCUGGUCCCAAGGGGCAUCAAGCUGUGGCUUUGAGGGUCAAUGCUCUUCAAGCUGUAUUCCAAAACUGUUGGUUUGAUGGCUUCCAAGACACCUUGUAUGUUCAGGGUGGGUCUCAAUUCUUCCGUGAUUGCCAAAUUGCUGGAACAGUAGAUUUCAUCUUUGGCAACGGUGCUACCUUGAUCCAAAAUUCUAAGAUCCUCGCUAAAAAGUGUGACCUUAAUCAAAUGAAUUUAGUCACAGCUCAAGGUGGUAUAGCUGCUAAUGAGCCCACUGGGAUUGUAAUUCAAGGUUGUGAGAUCCUUCCUGAUAGAGAACUCUUCCCACUCAGGUUCCAACUCAAAACCUACUUGGGUCGUCCAUGGAAGACCUAUGCCAAGACUCUGUUCAUUGAGUCUCUGAUGGGAGACUUGAUCCAGCCUGCGGGGUAUGAACCCUGGGCUGGAAAUGCAAACAUCAACACUGCUUUCUAUGGUGAGUAUGCCAAUCGUGGACCGGGUUCUAAUACAGCUAUGAGGGUCAAAUGGAAGAAUGUUAGGGUCUUAAACAAGGCUGAGGCCCAACGCUACUCUGCUGGAGUUUUCCUAGGCGGUGCUCCUUGGGUUAAGGCUGUUGCUGUUCCACUCAAUCUUGUUGUAGCAUAAUGUGUCUGGGAUGAGAGGUUAAUAAUUUGCUUUUAUUUAUAUUUUUAUUCUGACUUGCUGAGCAGAAGCUCCAAGGCUUCAAGCUACAGUUAUCUCAGUCACUCUUACGGACUUUCUGGUGUAAUAUACCUAACUAACGAAUGAAUUUAUAUUGACAUCUAUAUGAGCAAUUAAAUAUAGUUAUAUUGUAACAGAACCUUGAUUCUGUUAUAUUAUCUGUAACUGAAUUCUAUUAUGCUUGAGUUAGUUAUUACUGUAGCUCUAUAAAUACAGUCCUGUAAGAAGUCCAAAACAGAUUUUGGAAUAAUAACUCUACUUCUCUAUCUCUUCUCUCUCUCUCUCUUA